CAUGUAGCUCACAGUCAUUUAAAGUCGUGUUUAUCACUCGUGUUUACUUUUAUUAAGAUUAAUUAAAAUAAUGACUACUUUGCAUAAAGUUGUGUUUGUUAUUUCUGUCACACUAAUUGCAAAUUAUGGAGAAAGCUGGACAAUUGCAUCCCCUAUCGUGAAGACAACCACAGGUUUGGUGCAAGGUGCGACAUCGGAAAGCGCGCAAGAGUUCCUGGGAAUACCCUUUGCUCAGCCGCCCAUCGGCGAAAGAAGAUGGGCGGACCCCACCCCAGCCCUUUCUUGGGAGCCGAAUAUCCUGAACGCCACGGAGAAACGCCCUGGCUGUCCGCAGAAAUUCUGCACCUCGUUCCUACCUAAUACAAGUUGUCCUACAGUUACAUCGGAAGAUUGUCUCUUCCUCAAUAUAUGGACGCCGCUAGACGCCAACGCUACUUCCGGUUACCCCGUGAUGGUCUUUAUCCACGGUGGUGCCUUUAAGUGGGGCUCUGCGUCCAACGUUGUCUAUGACGGAAGUUAUCUGGCCAGGGACGGUCGGGUUGUAGUGGUCACUAUUGCAUACCGCAUAGGUUUGUUGGGUUUCCUAUACACCGGUGAUGGAAAGGACGAUGCCAAUGGUAACUUCGGAAUAAAUGAUCAGAGACUGGCAAUGCAGUGGAUACAGCAAAACAUCGCCAACUUUGGAGGUGAUAUACACAAGGUCACAUUGUUUGGUCAAAGCGCCGGUGCUCAGUCUGUGUAUAUACAUCUUAUGACAUCAGAAACAACUGGACUUUUCCGAGCGGCCAUUAUAGAAAGUUCGCCGUUCGCAGUUCCAUACAGGACCAAAGGCGAAGCCCUUUUGCUGUCCAAGAAGGUAUGCGAAUAUCUUAACUGCAGGGAAGAUGACUUGACAUGCCUUAGAAGUAAGACCUCAGACGAAAUAAACGAUGCCUUACAGGCCGUGACGUUUAAGAUCACUGGAAGAAAGCUAGAUGAAUAUUUCGAACCCGUCGGUCCGGUUCUUAAUGGCAACGAGCUUCAUGCACAGCCCAUGGAUGCUGCAAGGAUGGGGAUAAUAAGAAACAUUCCAAUAAUGGUAGGUACCACGACGGAGGAAGGUCGCCUCUUUGUAUAUGGGGCCUGGAGACAUAACCUGACCAAAGCUGAAUACGAGGCCGUAUUGGCGCUUUUACAUCCUACUCAUUUUGAGGAGGUCGAGAAAGAAUAUCCUGCGGAUGAUAAGCCAGAUCUUCGGGAUGAGCUCAGUCUGGUUGUCACGGACUACCUUUUCGCGUGCGCAACCAGAAAUGUUACGCGUAAUAUUUUGAACAAGGGCAACACAAAUGUGUUUUUGUAUGUGUUUGAUCAUGCAACGAGUGCGCGUGACGUAUGGGGAAUAGAUACAUUCUGCGAGGGACAUGUUUGCCAUGCGGAGGAAAUCGAAUACAUUUUUGGCAAUAAACUUUCUUCAGGAAAUUUUACAGAAGAUGAACUGAAUCUUUCGGGUUCGAUGGUUACAUACUGGAGCAAUUUUGCCUAUACUAUGAAUCCGAAUGUUGGACCUAGAACAAGUAAUCUUAGUUGGCCCUCCUAUGACACCAAAGUUGACACUUUACUGUAUUUUAAGACGCCAGAAAAUAAGCUGCUGAGAAAUUAUAAAAGCGAUGUGUGUAAAUUCUGGGACGAAAUUCAGUAUGACGAGUGAAUUGUGUGUAUUUUUUUUAUCAGACUUACAUUUAAAAUAUCGGUAAUUUGAAAUUAGUUCAUGCUUAAUUAUAACAAUAAUCCAAGUUUCAUAUUUAGAAUUAGGUACGUGUAACAAACAUAUUUGUCCAAAAAAAAAAAGAAUUCGUCUUAUGUAUUUUGCAUAUCUUUCUGUGUUUGUAACAGUGUUGUUUUAAUAACAAAUAUCAACCCGGAUUUGAACUUCACGUUAUUCGAGAUGUAAAUCAACGAGACAUCAAGGGGCGCAACUUAGGCAGUUUUUUUAAACAAAUUCUUGAAGAGUUGUGUCCUUUGAACUAAAAAGUAUUUCUAUGUUUUCGUUGAUUGAAGUGCCCAUGGUGCCAGGGAAAUUAUUUAGUUUUAUAAGAAAAGAUCGAUUUUAAUUCAUUUUAAGUUAAUAUUUUUGUAACGCAUUUUCAUUCUUAUUAAAAAGAAUAGUAUUCGA